AUGUCGACGUACUUCAUGGUGUACGCCGACAUGGCCGUCGACAAAGGACUUAGCGUCGAGAGCGCCGUGUACCUCUUACACGCCUACUCGACCGCCGACUUGGCGUUUCGCGUGCUGAGCGGGUGGUUCGUGGACCGCAAGUACCUGCCCAUCGAGUGUUCGAAACUGGCGGGUUUCGUGAUGAGUGUAGCGGGCGCGCAGGCGAUAAGGACUUCGCAAACGCUCGUGCCGCUAAUAUUUUCGUCCCUGCUGUUCGGUUGCGGCACCGGCAUCAACAUAGGCAUCAUCGCACCCUUGCUGCAGCACGACUUCAAGAAGGAGUCGCUCGCCAUGAUGUUCGGGGGAGUCAUGUUCAUCACGGGACUCAUUAUCCUGACGAGGCCGCCCGUUGUAGGUUAUUUCCGGGACACCAUUGGAGACUACGACGGCCUCUUCCACACCCUCACCGUCGCCAACGCCAUCUUUGCCGUCAUCUGGUUAGUGCGCGCGUUCGUCGCCAGGAGGCAGUCGAGGGCGGCGGCGGCCGAGAAAGCUGCUCCGCCCUCGCAACGAGGGGUGCUCUCGGACGCCGCUGUUCCACUCACGACCACAAGUGAAGCGACCUGCUGA